AAUGCCGAAACAAUAUCCAACAAUAAUAAUAUUUAUGCACUAUUUUAUGCACUCUACUCAUCAAUCAAUCCAAUCAUAAAUAAACUCACCUUAAUAAAUAUUAUUAAAUAGUUUCACCAAUAUGUGCACAGCAAAAUAUAAACAAGCACUUGGCACACGUGUGCUAUCGAUAUAACCGGCUUGUGAUGCUAUCGACUUGUCGUGCAUCGUCAUCGAACCAUCGUAAUAAACAUAAACAAAAAUCUGCCGGCUUAGUAAAAUCUUAAUCUUGACUUGUUAGAAAGUUUAUAAACAAAUAAAAUAAUUUUAAAAUGCCUAACUGGAAUCAAAUACAGUCCCAACUGAGAAGCUCCAACAAUCCCGUCGUUUUCUUCGACAUUGCCGUAGGCACAACGGAAAUCGGACGAAUGAUAUUCGAACUCUUUGCGGACACAGUGCCCCGCACGGCGGAAAACUUCCGGCAGUUCUGCACGGGCGAGUACCGACCGGAUGGCGUUCCCAUUGGCUACAAAGGCGCCAGUUUCCAUCGGGUGAUCAAGGACUUCAUGAUCCAGGGCGGCGACUUUGUGCAGGGCGACGGCACCGGCGUGACCAGCAUAUACGGCAACACCUUCGGCGACGAGAACUUUACCCUGAAGCACGACUCGCCCGGCCUCCUUUCCAUGGCAAACAGUGGCAAGGAGACGAACGGCUGCCAAUUCUUUAUCACCUGCGCCAAGUGCAACUUUUUAGACGGAAAGCACGUGGUGUUCGGUCGGGUUCUGGAUGGACUGCUCAUCAUGCGCAAGAUCGAGAACGUGCCCACGGGCCCCAAUAACAAGCCGAAGCUCCCAGUGACCAUUUCGCAGUGCGGGCAAAUGUAGCACGGAGUUCUAAAUGUUGUAAUAAAGUCUCUAUUAUGUCUUUUU